CAGCGCUUCCUGGUUGGCAGCACAGACCGCAGAGAGAGGUGACGGAGGAGGAAGAGACGCGACGGAGAAAGAAAAAGUGACAAACGGAGGAAAAGAGGAGGAAAAGAAGAAGCAGAAGACGAUGGAGACCAAGAUGAAGCCUCGUCCCGCCCUGCCCUUCAUCUCGCUCCUCUCACUCCUCGCCCUGUUUCCCGCGGGACUCGCUGAGAAGCAUUCCCUCACGUACAUCUACACGGCCUUCUCCAAUCCGACCACGCUGCCUGGGAUCCACGAGUUCACAGCCAUGGGUCUGGUGGACAACACGAUGAUCGACUACUUCGACUCUGACCUCGAACGGAAAGUUCCCAAACAGCCGUGGAUGCAGGAGAAAAUGGACAAGAACUACUGGGACAAGGGGACCCAGUCCCGCAAGAGCAAGCAGACCUGGUUCCGUGUGAACAUCGACAUCCUGAUCGAGAGAAUGCGACAGAACAAAAAUGAGACCCACAUCCUUCAGUGGAUGCACGGCUGUGAGAGCAUCACGGAGAACGGCGAGAUGAAGUUCUUGGAAGGAAAAGACACGUACAACUACGAUGGAAAUGACUUCCUGCAUUUCGACGAUAAGAACGGAGUCUGGGUCAGCUCCACUCCCGCGGCGAAAGACACCAAGAGGAAGUGGGACGGAGUCCAGACCCUGAAGGACUACACCAAAGGCUACCUGGAGAAAGAGUGUCUGUCCUGGUUGAACCAGUUCGUGGAAUACGGACUAAAGCAACAAAGAGCAGCUCCUCCACCUGAGAUGUUCAUGUUUGCAAAGAAGUCCCACACGGACAGCAACGUGAUCCUGACGUGCCUGGCCAGCGGCUUCCUCCAGAAAGACGCCAAGCUGCAGAUGAAAAGGAAGGGCUGUGUUCUGAAUGAAGUGGACGGAGUGGAGAGCUCCAAAGUUCGACCCAACAACGACGACACCUACCAGGCGAGACAGAGAGUGGAGAUCUUAAAGACGGACGAGUCUGAAUACACCUGUGAGAUCAUUCAUGAGGGGUCUGGUUUGAACACCAAGAUUACCUGGGAUCACAAACUUCCUGCCGAGGAUUCUGGACUCGUCAUCAUUGCUGUGGUGGUUGUUGUUGUACUGCUCCUCAUCAUCGGGCUCAUUGUGGGUGGAACCAUAUUCUUCUUACGUAAAAAAGGCAAAUUUGGUUCUCUCAGCUCGGGAUCAACCUCGAGUGGCUCUUCUGACCAAGUCGCAUCUCAACCAGCUCCAUCAAAGCCAUCAGCACAAGAGAACGUGCCACUCACUGCAAAGGAGGAUGGUUCUCUCAGCUCGAAAUCAGACUCUGGUGUCUCUUCUGACGGAGGCAGAACCGGAGAAUCCAAGAACCCCUCCGAAAACGAAGUGCUCCUGGAUCCGUGAGAUGAUCAAUAAACUGAGACUUAAUGAUAAUAAUAAUCAUAAUCAUAACUUUUAUUCAUAUAGAACUAUAUGUGUUUUGACCAUGUGAAAAAAAGACGCUGUCCUGGGCUGACCUGGUGUCCCCCCCCCCCCAACCACCCCACAUCAGAAAGGCCCCAAGACUGCCCCCCCCCCCCACACUGCUGUCACUCAAAAAGCCCCCCCCCCCCCCCCCCCAGUAUACCUGAUUUCUGUCUUUUCCAUGGUUUUAACUAGAUAUUGAUUGUUUCAUUCAGAUCAGAUGAAUUAAAUUGAAAAACAAUGUGUGGCUAACAGGAUACAAAUCUGUAGAAUUACAAUAAAUAAAUAAUUUUAAAAACUAUAAAAAAGUAAACUUAAUAAUAGUAUUAUCUAAUACUAGAAAGGAGACUUUGUUGUCGGCCAUGUUUGAAGGUGAGACUUCAGUUGAGAUGAAAUCAUAAUAAAUAAAUGGUCAGUCAAUGCAUCGAUGCUAAAACUGCGAUGAUUUGACGAGACCUUAACGUAGUUCAUCGUCUGUCGCUGAACUCGGAGGAGUUGCAGUUGAGCGACUGAGUGGAAGUUGAAGCAGGUGAAAAGAGAAACGUGAUGAGUUCAAAGUAUGUAUAUGUAAAAUCAAUAACUUGUUCUGUGAGGUAGAGAUUAAGUUUGUGUCUGAUGUUGGAAGUUAAUUCUUAAAUCAACACUAUGUAGCUUACUGAGCAGCAGCGCCCCCUGCAGCCACGCAAGCUGAUUCAUUCUGUCUGGCUCCGGGUGGUUCUGUGGUUCAGUGGUGUUGGUUUGAUGUCAGCAGUGAAGAGAAGAGGACCGAGGGUCGAACCUUGUGGAACUCCUUUUCUAAUCAUCUGCAUCUUUGAAUCACUAGAAGCUACUGCUCGGUUCUAUCAGGUCUGUGGGUUGGAGAACGUUCUCUCUAUUCACAGUGAGUGAAGAAGCCUCUACAUUGAAACUGAUGCAUAGUGUUGAUUUAAUUUAAUUAAACUUAAUAGUGUACGAGCUUGUCUGGUAAAUGACGUCCGAGUUUUUCUUUUAAAACCUACAUUUUUACUGGAAUUAUGAGAAACUACGAAUCGAAUCGAUGUGAAAACAGAUCAUUGGAUAAAAGAAAACGUGAACAGGAGCAUUUGCACCUUAACUCUAUUUAAUCUGCUCAUUGAAUUAAAUAUUAUGUUUGAUUCCUGUUGUUAUAUAACUUGUGCGAAACCAGUUUUAAGUUGUAAUUAAAAAGAAUGAAAUGUACUUUGAUUUUGUUCAAACUGAGCGAUGAAAUCCUUCAGAACAAAUCAGGUCAUAUAUUUUUAUAACUCAUCAGGUAUAACCAGGAGUCUUUUUAGUGUAAAACACAGACUCGUCCCUGUGUAUUUGAUUGAGUCCAUUUAAAGGAUCUUUGUUUUUUAAUGCUGAGCUCACACUGGAUUUUAUGAUUUCAUUGUAGAACAUUCUUUUUCUUGCUGGUGCUUAGUUUGCCUGUUAUUGAUUUACAAUCAGUUAUUCUUUAUUAAGUACUUUAAACUCACUUUAUGUUUAGGAAUUCAUUUUUAGUGUUUUAAUCCAACAUAACGAAUAUCAUUGUUAUAAACCUCUUGAAUUGUGUGUGAAAUGGGUUAGGGGUUAUUCUGUGUUAUCGAGGGUUAGGGCUUAAAUGUAUCUGCUCAGUGUUAAUGUACGAUCACGCGACAUAUUUGAUAUUUGCAUUUUCUAUUUUAAAAGUUUGCUUGACUUUAAGUCUCCAAUAUAUCACUGUUGAUCAAUGCCAAAGUUAUUGAUGUUAAUUUAAGACACAGUUUCUCAAAUGGUCUCUUUGUGAUUGUGUCUUUUUGUUAAAUCAAAUAAAUAAAGGGAUUGAAUCAUU